UAUUCAUCAGGGUCAACAGUCUACGAAACAGUUUCGUCGAUUAAAUUGCCUUCACAAAAAACUUGUGGUCGGACUAAUACUAGUGACGUUCGAAUUCUUGGAGGAAUGCCAAGUGAAUUAGGUGCUUGGCCCUGGGUAGUAGCCCUUGGGUACAGAUUUACAAAAAUAAAAUUGGGUUGGUUAAGUCUAUAUUAUAUGUGGAUGUGUGGUGGGGCCUUGAUAUCAGACAGAUACGUAUUAACAGCUGCCCACUGCGCCGUCAAUUCUUCAAAACAAAUAUUGGUUACUGUACGUUUAGGUGAUUUGAACUUAGAUUCUAAUGUAAAUGAUGGGUCUGAACCAAUAGAUAUUUCAAUUUCACAUAUCAUGGUACAUGAACAAUAUAACGAACAACAAUCAUACAUCAAUGAUAUUGCAUUAUUAAAAUUAGAAAAAAGUGUUACAUUCAAUGAGUUCAUUCAACCCAUCUGUUUGCCAGUCUUAUCGCAUCAUAGAUCAAACAAGUUAUUAGACUCUGCACCGUUUGUUGCUGGAUGGGGUUCCAAAUCACUUAAUGGACCGUUGUCUUCUGUCUUAAUGGAAAUUCAAGUACCCGUGAUAGAUAAUGCAGAAUGUAAACGAGCAUAUUAUAACAGCAAAAAAAUCAUUAUCGACGAUAGGACAAUAUGCGCUGGAUCGGACGGAAAAGACGCUUGUCAUGGAGAUUCUGGAAGUCCGUUGAUGUGGCCAAGUGGUAGUCAAUAUUAUUUGGUGGGUCUUGUGUCCGCCGGACUUAACUGCGGUGAUCCAGAAUAUCCAGGUGUAUAUACUAGGGUGUCAUAUUUUGUCGACUGGAUUGUAGAUAAAAUGAAUAACAGUUAA